AUGGCGGCGACGCGCAUAGCGUGCAGGUCGAGCCUAGCGUUGUAUGUCCAUGCAUGGCCGUGCAUAACAACAGGCUGUCGCACAUACAGUACCGCACUGGCACAGAAACCCAACCACAAGCCCUCCGCUCAUUCCGUGUCCUCUCAAAGCAAGGUAGCACCGGUGAAGCCUAAGUCCAAGGAAAGUGCUCCGAAGAAGAGUAAAUCCGACGCGGACGAUCUUGAGAACGAGCUGAUAGCCUUGGACCGAAUGCGGCGUAUGCCCUCCGUUUACCCUUCCACGGACCUAUGGGGUUCACCCAUGGCAAGCUUCGAUGUCCAGGUACCGUACGAUUUACGGUUGAUGUGCGCGCAACGACCCUUCAAAGCUAAGGAUUUGAUGUUUGCUUUCAAACACAAUGUCAAUAAUUGGCUCAAAAAUACAUUUAGCAUGUUCACCAUCGCAAGGGCCAGUGCGUUUCCCGGACUUAAAAACGUUCAGCUGAGAUUUCGCCCUGUCGUAUGGCGCAAGUUGAGGAGCGUACAGUCGUGCGAUCCUAGUUCAUGGCUUGGCCCGUUAAGAAAGAUAGCGUUAGAGACGUACCGCCAAACGAAUGUAGCGAUCGCACGUCAGAACGAUGAGGUCGUGAAGUCGCUUACGGUUGGAGAAUUUCAGUCCAAAGCACUCCAGCUCAUGCGUCGACGCGAAAAGGGUCACAAGUGGUUCUGGGACAUUACCAGUGACACAUCUGACGCAACUCUCUACGUCCCUGACUCCAGCUUUAUGACGCGUUUUCGCUCCUUCGUAACGCAUCUUCUACGACGCAAUUCCCAGGAACCGACACGUACCCCUCCUCCUGUAACUAUCGUGUCGAUCCGGGCUGCUGAAAUAUACCUCGCGGAGCACGAUCCGAAAGUGGGACACCGCUUGGUUAUUCAGGCGCUGGCCAAGUUUGAUACUACUCAAGUCCUUAAAAUCACUGACCGCCAUGGAAAGCCGGUUGAAUCCGAGCUUUCGAAGCCACAUCGCGUAGUUCAAUAUGUGGUGUUGGAAAAGAUCGGAUGGUAUGAUUCUCCUUGGAAAUUGAGAGAGCAGAUAUACAGGACAUAGCUGGGUCGCGAUAACUUCUAUUAUUGCUGCGGUGUCGUCUCGA